GCAGAGGACAAAACAUGGGAAGCGAAGGCGAGAAAUGGGGUUUCCAGGGAAAUGAGGAGGUGAACGCAGCAUCGGGGAUGACAAUCCAAGGUGUUCUCGUCAAGUUGAUGGAGAACCUAAAAGCUGUAAACGAAGGGAAGCCCACCAUUCAUCUUGGCCACGGCGAUCCCUCUGCAUUUCCAUGCUUUCGGAGUGAUACUUCAUCCGAAAACGCCAUCGUUGAUGCCCUGCGAUCCUCUGAAUUCAACUGCUAUCCUCCCGCCGGUGGCAUACUGUCCGCAAGAAGAGCUAUUGCUGAAUAUAUGUCCCGGGAUCUUACGUGCCAACUAUCACCAGAUGAUGUUUUCGUAACUGCUGGUUGCACACAUGCCAUAGAAAUUGUAAUAUCCGUCAUUGCUCGCCCUGGUGCAAACAUCUUGCUACCUAGACCAGGCUACCCCUUCUAUAAUGCUCGUGCUUCUCUAAGCCAUCUCCAAGUCCGCCAUUAUGACCUUCGAUCUGAACAGGAUUGGGAGAUCGAUCUUGAAGCUGUUCAAGCUCUUGCAGACGACAACACUGUUGCUAUUGUUGUCAUUAGUCCCGGUAAUCCCUGUGGAAACGUCUUCACGUACCAACAUUUGAAGCAGGUUGCUGAGACUGCAAAAAAGCUUGGGAUUCUCGUGAUUGCUGAUGAGGUCUAUCACCAUCUAAAUUUUGGGAGUAAGCCAUUUGUGCCAAUGGGAGAGUUUGGAUCAAUUGUGCCAGUUAUUACAGUUGGUUCGAUAUCAAAGAGAUGGAUUGUUCCUGGUUGGAGGCUUGGUUGGAUUGUUACAAAUGACCCCCACGGCAUCCUUAAAAAAUGUGGGGUUGUGGACAGCCUUAAAAACUAUAUAAUCGUUUCCCAGUUUCCCGCCACGUUCAUCCAGGGAGCAGUCCCUCAGAUCCUUGAGAAUACUAAAAAUGAUUACUUCUCAAAAAUAAUCAACAUAAUAAGAGAAGAUGCAGAUAUUUGUUAUGAUCGAGUUAAAGAGAUUCCUUGCCUUACAUGUCCACAGAAACCCGAAGGAUCUAUGUCUGUGAUGGUGGAAUUAAACCUGUCACUACUUGAAGAUAUCAGUGACGAUAUGGAUUUCUGCCUCAAGCUGGCGAAAGAGGAAUCUGUAGUUGUUCUACCAGGGUCUUCUGUUGGCCUGAAAAAUUGGAUACGCAUAACUUUUGCUGUUGAGCCUGCUUACCUUGAAGAUGGCCUUCAGAGGAUCAAAGCAUUCUACCACAGGCAUGCAUGCAUGCAUGCCACGACGCAAUAAGUAAAAAACUUAAUUUGAGAGAUGAUGAUGAUUGAUAAUAUUUGGCGUUUUGGGUAUCAUGUUCGUAUGAAAUUUACGCAAAAUACUGAUCAUGAGCUAGGUAUCCUAAAAAACCCCUCCUUAAAUGCUACGAAAUUUCUUAGCUACUUCUAGUCGAGUCCAUGAGGUCGGUCGUCUCGACCAAUUCAAAAUAUUUUCUUUUAAAUAAAG